UACUGUCGCACUACUCUGGUGGUCGACAUCGAUAUUGCCGAUCGAUCGACGCGAGAAGUGUCAGAGAAACGGAAAGAAGGAGGAAGAUAAAAGGAAAAAAGAAGUUAUAUAGAGUGGUCACAUGCAGUGCUGUGCUGAUCGGAGCAUCGAUUAAAAUUAUUAUUAAUCUCGUUGUUAUGAAUUAUUUAAAACUAGUUUAGCCUAAAGAUCAGGUAGUAGAUGAACUUACCAACUACAAUUUAUAAACUAAAAGCAUUAUUUCUUAGACUAUAUAUACAACUUAAAGCUAAAGGUAAACCUAACCUAAAAGCUAUUUAAGUUACUUACAAAACUACAGAUAGACAUCACGAUCAAGGCCAGGAUCCACGAUCGUUGGGAAACAUAGAGCGGGAAGAUUGACUAAACGUGAGUAAAUAUUAUACACAUUGAACUAUAUUUAGAGCAAACUGUAUUUUCGCAGGAUAUAAAAAUAUCUAAAUACACGGAUAUUAGUGCAUCUCGGAAAAUUGUCUUCGUUCCCUCCGAAACCGAACAACUUUUUAUAUCGUUUACCAACGAGCGAUGUCGGAUCCCGGUAUGGAUGCUGCUAGCAAACCCAAAGGCACCUCUGGUGCGGUUGUCGUAACGUCCACCCCCACGUCUGUACACCUUUCGGACACAGAGCAUAAGACCAAACCGUCGGUUAAUAGCUGUACAUUGUGUAAUAAGCCGGAUGACGAUCAUAUGGUGCAGUGCGAUACGUGUGAUGUGUGGAAUCAUUUCUCAUGUGCGGGUGUUUCUGAGAACGUCGAGGAGUGCAGCUGGAUAUGCUUGAAAUGCGCUACCGUGAAAGCAAAGAAAGGCACCAAGUCUCGACGAAAGAACACCUCGAAGCAGAAAUUGACGAAAACGUCACGGAAAACAACAGUUCGGGCAACAACUGCAAAGACGGCGAAGAAGGUAACCUCUAAGGCGGAGCGGAAAAGUAAUGUUGGUGGUGCGGAUGCGAAAGGCGAAAAUGUUCCAGUCGUAGAAACCAUAAGCAAAGAUUUGGAGAAGCCGACGAAAAGUCGGACGUUGAGUAGAGCGGACUCAGUGACAUCGGCAGCGUCGCGAAAAUCCAUCAAAGCACGUUUGGAUGUGGAACUGCGGAAGAUUAAAGCCGAGGAAAUGUUGAUGCAAGAAGAGAUGCGGCUUAUGAGAGAGUUUUCGAAGAAGAAGUUUGAUGUUUUGAAGAAGAUGGCUGAUUUCGAUAGUAGCGACGAAUCCGCAGGGGACCAUCAACAUGAAAAAAGCAAUAAAAACAAAGUGCAAGAUUGGCUAAAGCACUCUACGAAGAAGGAAGUGGAAACCGAUGGCACCAGCGACAGAGAAACGUCUGAAAGUGACAGUGAUUCGGAUUGCGAUACGGAAGUUUCAUCUUGUCUACAAGCCAAUGAUGCAGAUGGCGAAGAAGUGCAAUCCGAUGAAGAAGAAUAUGGGAUUAGUGCACGAUCAGUGUCAAAGCGGCGACAAGCGUUAUGCAGCAACAAGCGACUUUCUAAAAGUGAGGUAGCUGCACGUCAAGUUGUUCCUCGUGAGCUGCCCAAGUUCAACGGCAAUCCAGAGGAAUGGCCAAUGUUCCUAUCAACGUACGAAGAUACCACGGCUAUGUGUGGGUACACAGCAGCCGAGAACAUGAUUCGUUUGAGAAACUGCUUGAAAGGAGAUGCGUUUAAUGCAGUUCGUAGUUUCUUAAUGCGACCAGAAACUGUAGGAAAAGCGAUCAGUGCGCUGAAGUUGCGAUUCGGUAGACCGGAAACGAUUAUUGAGUAUUUGAAGGAGAAGAUUAUUGCGAUAUCACCCAUCAAAUCGGAUGCGAUGGAAAAGCUGGUUGACUACGCCUUGGAGGUGCAAAACCUUUGUGCCAUAAUACAAACUUGUGGCGGAAAGGAGCAUAUGUGUGAUACGACUCUGUUGAGGGAACUUGUCAAGAAGCUACCAUCGCAAAUUAAACUGGAUUGGGCGCGCUACAAAAGGACUAAAACGAAGGUGACACUAUCCACAUUCAGUCGUUGGAUAUACACCCUAGCAGAAGACGUGAACGUGGUAUUCGAGCCUCAGUGUCGAUCUAGCAGGACUCAGGAGUCCCGAGAAAUCCGGAAAGAGCGAUACGUCAACACUCUCGCCGAAGUUCCUACCGAGGAUGGCAGAGAUAUGAACCAAUCCAUUCAUUCUACUCAAAGCAGUCAGCCGGGAACCGAAGGAAAUAAACCCUGUCCAGCAUGCAGAGGGGAUUGCAAAUAUCUGGGGAAAUGCAAACGUUUCCUGGAGCUGUCAUACGAAGCAAGAUGGGCAACAGUUCGUGGAUUUAACUUCUGCCGCAAGUGUCUUAGGCAGCAUAGAGGUGGUUGCAAUUCUGGGGAGUGUGGAAAGAACGGCUGUACCUUUAAGCACCACAUUCUGCUCCACAAAGAUUUGCUUGAAACAUCUGCAUCGACUAGUGUUUCUAAUCAGAAUGAAGAACGCAAUGUUAAUACGCACCAGUCCAGUACAGGCCCCGGUUCCUUCCGUUACCUGCCGGUAACACUAUUUGGAAACGGGGUGCAGAUGAAGUGCCACGCAUUCUUAGAUGACGGAUCAGAGUUAACGCUCAUCGAUCAGCAACUUGCCGAAGAUCUGAAGCUCUCUGGGAAGGCCCAUCCACUCUGUCUUAAGUGGACUGCAGGUACUCAUCGUUACGAAUCUGGUUCACACAGUGUCAACGUUGAAAUAAGCGGACAGGAAGGAAAGCGAACGUUACUACAAGAUGUAAGAACAGUCGAGGAAUUGCAGCUACCUUUCCAGUCGUUGGAUAUGACUCAACUAACGGAGAAACACGGCUAUCUGCGUGGAGUACCUGUGGAAUCUUAUUCCAAUGUUCGGCCGCGAAUACUAAUCGGUUUGAAACACGCCAAUAUUAUGCUCGUUCGAAAAAGUCGUGAAGGCAGGAUGGGUGAACCUAUUGCUGUAAAAACGAACCUUGGUUGGACCGUAUACGGUGGUUGGACAUCAAAGAACUGCAUCAAUAUCAGUCAUACUUACCACGUCUGUAGCUGUAACCAACAAAGUGUUAUACAUCUAAACCAGAUGGUUAAAGAUUACUUUUCCCUUGAAAAUUCGGUGGUCAUACCGACGCAAUUUGAACGACUGUCGAAGGAGGACAAACUAGCCAUGUCUUUACUAGAAUCCCGCACACACUUCAAUGGAGAACGUUAUGUAACGGGGUUGCUGUGGCGUUCUGAUAAAGUUCGAUUGCCAGAUAACAAAACAAAUGCUAUUCGCCGUUGGAGAUGCUUGGAGAAACGCCUGGAGAAGGAUAAAGAGUUGUCGAAAAUAUUGGACGAAAAAAUCAAGGACUACCAAUCCAAAAACUACGUCCGUAAACUUUCCACAGAAGAACUCUCACGAAAGUACGAACGGGUAUGGUAUCUGCCCAUUUUUCCGGUAUACAACCCAAACAAACCUGGCAAGAUCAGGAUCGUGUGGGAUGCUGCUGCGUCAGUAUAUGGAACCUCCCUAAAUUCGACACUCCUCACUGGUCCGGAUCAGUUAGCGUCGUUGGUGGGUAUCCUGUAUCAGUUUCGCGAGCAUCGAAUUGGUCUCUGUGCCGAUAUAUGCGAGAUGUUCCACCAGGUGGGGAUCAUCGCCGAGGACCAGCAGUGUCAGCGCUUUCUUUGGCGCGAUAGUGAAGAACAUGGUGAACCAAGCACUUACGUCAUGCAGGUUAUGACCUUCGGGGCGAGCUGCUCCCCGGCCACAGCGCAAUUUGUGAAGAACAAAAAUGCCGAUAGGUUCGAAGGCGAAUACCCAGAAGCAGUGACGGUCAUUAAGGAAGGACACUAUGUGGAUGAUAUGGUCGUAAGCGUCGAAACAGAGCAGGAAGCAGUUGCGCUGGCUGAAUCAGUCCACUUUAUCCACAAGCAGGGUGGAUUCGAAAUUCGCAAUUGGGUUUCCAACUCACCGCUGGUAUUAGCCAGAAUGCACGAACAGCAAUCAAGGGAAAAGGAUCUGAACAUAUGUGCUGAACUGUCGAACCAGAAAAUCCUCGGAAUGUGGUGGGAUACGCAGGACGAUGUAUUCAAAUAUAAGAUCUCCUGGGCGAGAUUUGAGUCAGCCUUGCUUGAUGGAAGCCGCUGCCCUACUAAACGGGAGAUACUUCGGACAUUGAUGACCAUUUACGAUCCUCUAGGUCUCAUUGAUCAUUUCUUGAUCCUGCUAAAAAUCUUGCUUCAAGAGGUGUGGCGUGCUAAUGUGGAAUGGGAUGUAGCUAUCCCCACCAAUCUGUACGAGAGAUGGCGUGACUGGCUGCGUCUGCUGCCAGAGUUGGAGAAGCUGCGUAUCCCGAGAUGUUACCGGCAGUUUACAAAGGCGACAGAAGCUGAUGCGAUUCAAUUGCACAUUUUUGUUGAUGCCAGCGAAAGUUCCAUGGCAGCGGUAGUGUUUUUGCGAUUUGCGAAUAAUGAUCAGAUUGAGUGCUCUUUGGUUGCAGCCAAGACACGGGUGGCGCCGUUAAAAUACACAUCCAUUCCACGUUUGGAACUGCAGGCUGCGGUUCUUGGAUGCAGACUGGCAGCUAACGUUACAAGAAGCCUUAAAAUGAAGAUCUCCAAAAGAACGUUCUGGACAGACUCGCGAAAUGUUCUUUGUUGGUUGCGAGCCGAUCACAAACGGUAUAGUGCCUUCGUCGGAUCGAGAGUCAGCGAAAUUUUGGAGUCUACGGAUAUCGUCGAAUGGAGAUGGGUUCCAACACGAUACAAUGUGGCUGAUGACGGGACCAGGUGGCGCGAGCAUCCUGAUUUAUCUUCGGAAAGCAGGUGGUUUAAAGGUUCCGCAUUCCUGAGGCAGGCAGAAGUGGAGUGGCCCAUACUUCCACAAAAAUCCCUUAUCACGGAUGAAGAAAUGAGACCUAGUGUGCUAUUGCACUUCCUAGCUCCUGAGGCGGUAAUCGAUGUAAACAGAUUUUCCAAUUGGCGACGUUUGCUUGCUGUGACAGCGUACGUGUUUCGUUUCUGCGCGAACGUUCAACGUCACCGCAAAAGGGAUUUAUUUUGCAGUGGACCCUUAUCACGGGACGAACUUCGCAGAGCGGAAGAAUACCACUUUCGGCAAGCGCAACGAGAUGUUUACCAAGACGAAAUUGCAGUGCUGGAGACUAAAGAUGCGGUGAAGCGGAUUUCGAAAGCAAGCUCUCUCUACAAGCUAAGCCCAUUUAUAGACGACAGUGGUGUCAUGCGGAUGCGAGGGAGAACUGGGGUGUGUGCAUAUCUCCACAACGAUGCGAAGAAUCCGGUUAUACUGCCACCGAAACACAUGAUCACUUCGUUAAUCCUUGUGCAUUACCACGAAAUGUAUCUACACCUAUUUUUCGCCUGA